CUCAAUCACGCUUACCCAUACCUGAGUGCAAAUUAACAGUCGCAAGAAACAUGACCUGUUUCGCGUUUCCAUUUAUAUUGUUCAUUCUUGUACCUCACACGAUAUCUCUCGGAAGCUGCAGUAGUUUUACGUUUUCCAUAUGUUGGAAGAUAAGCAACAAUUCCUUGUUUGGCAGUUGGCCAGAAGGACAUUUACUGUUGAACACCACCAAAUUGAAAUCCAUUUGGAGAGAGGACACAUUUUCAUCUUUGACAGUUGCCACUACUGUGGAACACAAAUUGACACUUCAAUAUGGUGUCAUGGUUCGGGAGUGGAUAUUCUCCAUCUUCCCAGGUUCACAUUCCAUUGAGUUCAGAAGUAUACAUAAACCUGACCAACAGCCCAUCAACAGCACUCUGGAAGCCCUGGAGUUGUUCUCCACCAAUGAGGUGUUUGCGUGUGAAAACAGCGCUCUGUACCUCUAUCAAGACCCAGACUUCAUCCUCAUGCUCGGACCCAGAGGUGUAUCAGAACUGCGCUACCGUCCUGAGGACUCUACGGCGCUGUGGAUUGGUGGGACCGGACAGGGCGUGGCCUUUCAGUACCAGCUGUCUUAUGACAACGGCUCGACCAUCCAGCAAGGCCGGCUGAUGGAGCCUUUUCUUCGCCUCCCGGGGCUCAUUGAUGGCGCGCACUAUGCCCUGGACGUGUGGGAGGAGUGUGAUGGCGAGUGGAGUGCCGACACAGCCCUGGUGUGUUUCGAUGGAGUCAACAUUUCCGUCAACGCCCUCGUGCUGCCGGUGGCGUCCACCCUGAGGCCGAAUGAAGACCUAGCCUUCGUUGUGCCUUGGUUAAUGGUGUUGGACCCAAAGACUGAGCCCUGGGCUGAGCUGAAGCGCAUCUACGAAAAACUACUGGAGGAGCUUUUGAAAGAGUACCCGAUUAAGACCAGGGUGGAGUUGGUUGCAUUCAAGGAGCUGGAAGGCGAAUCCAAAACUAAGAUUACCUUUCAAGGCUUUGACGCUUCCAUAACCGACGCAGACUUACCGCUACCACCUGGCGAGCAGCUGGACCAUAUCCAGUCCCUCCAGCCGCCCAAUAUCACAGUCAAGAAUGGGAUCAUCUACUGGGAUGACCCAGAUGAGUGUGCGACCCCUGACCUGAACAGGUGUGACGCCAACUCUUUGUGCGUCAACACUCUGAACUCUUACACCUGUGUGUGUCAACAUGGCUUCUAUGACGUCGGGCCUGCCUUCGUUCCCCCUCCUACCCCUGCCUCACAUCCUGUCUGUUAUGAAAAGGGUAUGUUCACCCAGUGCCUGAAUAGAUCGAUGGCCGGAGGUAUCGCCAAAGCCUUCCUGAUUGGCUACUUCGGUGGCGACGUGACGGUUGUCUUGAAUGAAGGCCGUUGCACCAUGGAGGAGAGCGAGACGCUUUACCACUUCCACGUGUUGCGCAAACCCUCGCGGUGUGGAACGAGACGGCUGGUGAACAGAACACACAUAGAGUUCCGGAACACUCUGACAGUGACCUUGAGCAGCGAGAGGACCAUCACACGAAGAGAUCUCAAGGUUAUCUGGAAGUGCAUCUACCCCCGGAACUAUGUCCGCAACACCCAGAUAAACGUAGAUCUGGAGUGGAUCACCUCCCACUCUGUGGUGGAGUACAACUCCUCCCAUGAGCUGGGGCUGGCCAUGACCAUGUACAGCGAUGACUCCUUCUCCUACAGCUACAGAGACUCCAUCGCCCUCCACCUAAGCGAUGUACUCUUCUUCGAGGUGGCCCUUCUGACAAACAACACAUUCGCCUCGGAGGUCCUGCUAGAAGUGGUUUCCUGCUGGGCCACAGAGAGUCCGGAUCCACAGGACGAAACCAAGGGCUUCUUUCUCCUAGAUGGCUGCCCUGUUGACAGCACCUUUCAUUGGCUCUCUGUGAACGGGGUGUCACAGAGGAGCAGAUUCUCCAUUCACAUGUUCACUAUGCCCAAGGAGUUACCCAUUUACAUGCACUGCCUGGCCCGGAUAUGCAGUCACGAUGAGGACUGUACUACGAACUGUACCACCCAGAGACUUUCUAAGAGAUCAACAGCUAGAUGGGAUCCAUACAUCAAAGUAGCUGUGGUCGUGUCAGCAGGACCACUGAUGGUCACCCCCGAGGCGGCACCAGGGACCAAACUCUCCAACUGGGAUGAGGCUUUGACAAUAAUCUACGUCGUGGGAGGAACCAUGGGCGUCUUGAUGUUGACACUGCUUGGUGUGAGCGCAAUAAAGGCUAUAAUGAAUUAUGAGAGAGCAAGGCCUCAAUAAACACAUGG